UGAGCCCGGGGAGGUGGGAGGAGGCGGCGUUUCCGGCCGUCGUCGCUGUCCAGGGAGGCUGAGACGAGAGGGAGCUGUCCGGGUGGGGAGCCCGCACUACCUUCUUCCUUUUCCUCCUCCCCCGGUGAGGGGAGAGAAGGUUGGGGCCCCGAGCCCAUGGACUGGGAGGAGGCGGAGGCCGCCGAGAGCCGGGGCCCCGCUAUGUGCCCCUGAGCCCCGUGUACUGGUUCUGCCAGUCUGGAAGGCCAUGGAGAGGAGGCUGGGAGUCAAGCCAAGUCUCGCUUCCUGGAUUUUAUCAGGAUAUUGUUGGCAGACAUCCAUGAAGUGGUUGAGAAGCCAGUACCUGUUUUAUACUUGCUUCUGCUUCAGUGCUCUGUGGUUGUCAACAGAUGCUGUUGAAAGCAGGUGCCACCAGGGGAAGACACAAUUUGGAGUUGGCCUGAGAACUGGAAGAGAAAAUCACUUCUGGCUUCUUAAAGGAACCCCGUCUCUCCAUUCAUGUUGGGCUGCCUGCUGUCAGGACUCGGCCUGCCAUGCUCUUUGGUGGCUAGAAGGGAUAUGCAUUCAGGCUGACUGCAGCAAGCCCCAGAGCUGCCAGCCUUUUAGGACAGACUCUUCUAAUUCCAUGCUGGUAUUUUUUAAAAAAUUCCAAGCUACAGAUGAUUUGGGCUUUCUAUCUGAAGAGGAUAUACCACAUAUUCUGGAGGAGGCCUCUUGGAGGAGACUGAGCCCAUCCAGAGCUCCAUUCAGAUCUGCUGUAUUUUCCAGUGACCAACAGAGCUUAAUCAGGAAGCUUCAGAAGAGAGAUAUUUCCAGAGAAGUCCUUCCACCYAUAGUAGCACAGCAUUCUAAAGAGAAUGACUCCAACGAACUAGGUGUUCUGAGUGCCAGUGGCUUGGCAGAGGUCCAGAAGGCAGUUACAGUUUCCAGUCCCUUAACCACAGACCUGACUACAGAGAUUGCUGGUCAGCCAAAGAGUGUAUCAGUCCAACCUGAAACAACAGAGGAUCCUGGAAUUAUAGCCAGCACUCAGCAAGUAAAAAGUCCUGGGAAAAUCCAAACUGCUAUCCCUCUUCCAGUGGCUCCCUCCUAUAUUCAUACAACUCCUACCCCCCAGGCUUCCUUCCAGAGCACAUCAGCACCAUAYCCAGUUAUAAAGGAACUUGUGGUAUCUGCUGGGAAGAGUGUCCAGAUGACCCUGCCUAAGAAUGAAGUUCAAUUAAAUGCAUAUGUUCUCCAAGAACCCCAGAAAGGAGAAACCUACACCUACGACUGGCAGCUGAUUACUCAUCCUAAAGACUACAGUGGAGAAAUGGAAGGGAAACAUUCCCAGAUCAUGAAACUAUCCAAGCUGACUCCAGGCCUGUAUGAAUUCAAAGUGAUCGUAGAUGGUCAAAAUGCCCACGGGGAAGGCUAUGUGAAUGUGACAGUAAAGCCAGAACCCCGUAAGAAUCGGCCUCCUGUUGCUAUCGUGUCACCCCAGUUCCAGGAGAUCUCUUUGCCAACCACAUCUACAGUCAUUGAUGGCAGCCAAAGCACUGAUGAUGAUAAAAUCGUCCAGUAUCAUUGGGAGGAACUUAAGGGGCCUCUGAGAGAAGAGAAGAUUUCUGAAGAUACAGCCAUAUUAAAACUAAGCAAACUGGUCCCUGGGAACUACACCUUCAGCUUGACUGUAGUAGACUCUGAUGGAGCUACCAGCUCCACCACUGCAAGUCUGACAGUGAACAAAGCUGUGGAUUAUCCCCCUGUGGCCAACGCAGGCCCCAACCAAGUGAUCACCCUGCCUCAAAAUUCCAUCACUCUCUUUGGGAACCAGAGCACUGAUGAUCAUGGCAUCAGCAGCUAUGAGUGGUCACUCAGCCCAAGCAGCAAGGGGAAGGUGGUAGAGAUGCAGGGUGUUAGAACACCAACUCUGCAACUCUCUGCAAUGCAAGAAGGAGACUAUACCUACCAACUCACGGUGACUGACACAAUAGGACAGCAAGCCACCGCUCAAGUGACUGUUAUUGUGCAGCCUGAAAACAACAAGCCCCCUCAGGCAGAUGCGGGCCCAGAUAAAGAAUUGACCCUGCCUGUGGACAGCACAACCCUGGAUGGCAGCAAGAGCUCAGAUGAUCAGAGAAUUAUCUCCUAUCUCUGGGAAAAAACACAAGGACCUGACGGGGUGCAGCUGGAGAAUGCUAACAGCAGCGUUGCCACUGUGAGUGGGCUGCAAGUAGGGACUUACGUGUUCACCUUGACUGUCAAAGAUGAGAGGAACCUACAAAGCCAGAGCUCUGUGAACGUCAUUGUCAAAGAAGAAAUGAACAAACCACCCAUAGCCAAGAUAUUGGGGAAUGUGGUGAUUACCUUACCCAUGAACACAGCAGAGCUGGAUGGCUCCAAGUCCUCAGAUGACAAGGGAAUAGUCAGCUACCUCUGGACUCGAGAUGAAGGGAGCCCAGCAGCUGGGGAGGUGUUGAAUCACUCUGACCAUCAUCCUGUCCUCUUUCUUUCCAACCUGGUUGAGGGAACCUACACAUUCCACCUGAAAGUGACUGAUGCAAAGGGUGAGAGUGACACAGACCGGACAACUGUGGAGGUGAAACCUGAUCCCAGGAAAAACAACCUGGUGGAGAUCAUCUUGGAUGUCAACGUCAGUCAGCUAACUGAGAGGCUGAAGGGGAUGUUCAUCCGCCAGAUUGGGGUCCUCCUGGGGGUGCUGGAUUCCGACAUCAUUGUGCAAAAGAUUCAGCCGUACACGGAGCAGAGCACCAAGAUGGUAUUUUUUGUUCAGAAUGAACCUCCGCACCAGAUCUUCAAAGGCCACGAGGUGGCAGCAAUGCUCAAGAGUGAGCUGCGAAAGCAAAARGCAGACUUCCUGAUAUUCGGAGCCCUGGAGAUCAACACUGUCACAUGUCAACUGAACUGUUCUGAGCAUGGCCACUGUGAUUCAUUCACCAAAAAAUGUAUCUGUGACCCUUUUUGGAUGGAGAAUUUCAUCAAGGUGCAGCUGAGAGAUGGAGACAGCAAUUGUGAAUGGAGUGUGUUGUACGUUAUCAUUGCUACCUUUGUGAUUGUUGUUGCCUUGGGGAUCCUGUCUUGGACCACAAUCUGUUGUUGUAAGAGGCAAAAAGGAAAACCCAAGAGGAAAAGCAGGUACAGGAUCCUGGAUGCCACUGAUCAGGAGAGCCUGGAGCUGAAGCCGACCUCCCGAGCAGGUGUCAAACACAAAGGCCCCAUGCUGAGCAGCAGCCUGAUGCACUCUGAAUCGGAACUGGACAGCGAUGAUGCCAUUUUCACGUGGCCAGACCGGGAGAAGGGCAAGCUCCUGCAUGGUCAGAAUGGCUCUGUACCCAACGGGCAGACACCGCUGAAGGCUAGGAGCCCACGGGAGGAGAUCUUAUAGCUAUCUGGUCUGUCUCCUCAGAGUAGGGGUUGGUAGUGCCAGGGCCCAAGCACUGCCAGGCUGGUUCCCUAUCACCCAGGUCCCAGGGCAGCUGAUCUCCCAGUAUAUGCUGGUCACUCCACCCCAACCCCCCACCCCAAAACUACUGGUACUUGAAUCACAGACACUGUCCAGGAACCCAUGAGCGAAGCUGUGAAUGAAGAGAUUUCCUCUUUGAACCUGUCUGGUAGGCCCCCAGAACAUCCUCACCUCAGGGGCUCCUUUAUUGCAAGUCCCUCUUCCCCACCCAAGGGCAAGUACGGCCUGCUUCAGCAUCCUCUCCAGCUGCCCUGUGGUAGUGCUACUGGACCCAGGGUGCUACACAGAACCAAGAGCCAACAGCCUCCUGGCUCCAGGGGCUCAAUGGAGGGUAUGUUCUUUCUUCUCUUCUCUGGGGCAUAGUGGGCCCCCUGGCAAGGCCAAGAGGAUGUGGCAUCCCUGCCCCACCACAGAUACUA